AUGACAGUGGAACUGAAGCGUAAUUUGGCUGAAACCACUGGUGAAGUAGAUGGAUUUGACGCGAAAAGAGCAAAGCUCCAAGAUGAGGAUGGUGAUGAGAGUAUGAACAGUGAAAACAGCGAUAAUGAGCCUAAUGUAGGCGGUAUUGAAAUGGGAAGCUCCCUUUUUAACAACAAUGCCAAAUGGCAAGACACUAUUUCUAAAGUAGUUCAGUCGGUUGUCUCUAUUCACUUUUCUCAAGUGGCACCUUUUGAUUCUGAAUCGGCGAUUGUGUCUGAGGCAACUGGGUUUGUUGUCGAUGCGAAACUUGGGAUUAUACUGACCAACAGACACGUUGUAGGGCCUGGGCCAUUUAUUGGGUAUGCAAUCUUUGAUAACCAUGAAGAGUGUGAUGUGAUUCCAAUUUAUCGGGACCCAGUUCAUGAUUUUGGGUUCUUGAAAUUUGAUCCAGCUAAAUUGAAGUAUAUUAAGGUACAGGCUUUGGAACUCAAGCCAUCUUUGGCUAAAGUCGGGUCUGAGAUUCGUGUUGUCGGUAACGAUGCUGGUGAAAAGUUGAGUAUUCUAGCUGGUUUUAUCAGUAGAGUUGACAGAAACGCACCUGAUUAUGGAGAAUUAACAUACAAUGAUUUCAACACUGAAUAUAUUCAAGCAGCUGCAGCUGCUUCUGGAGGUUCAUCUGGUUCUCCAGUUGUUAAUGUAGAUGGUUAUGCAGUUGCGCUACAGGCUGGUGGCUCCACGGAGGCGUCCACAGAUUUCUUUUUGCCACUUGAUAGAAUUGUUAGAGCAUUAGAGUGUAUUCGUCAGGAUAAACCUAUCACUAGAGGUAGUAUCCAAACCCAAUGGAUGCUAAAACCUUUUGAUGAGUGUAGAAGGUUAGGACUAAGUGAAGAACGUGAAAAGGAGGCUCGUAAAAUGUUUCCCGGUAAGACUGGACUUUUGGUCGCAGAAACUCUACUGAGAGAAGGACCAGCAUACCAAAAACUUCAGGAAGGUGAUACUUUGAUUUCAAUAAACGAUGUCCCAAUUAGUUCAUUCAUACAAGUCGAUGAUAUUCUUGAUAGCAAUGUUGGAAACGAGAUAACAAUUACAGUACAAAGAGGAACAAAAGAUGUAUCUGUCAAAUGCGUUGUUGGCGAUCUACAUGGCAUCACUCCUUCCCGUUAUGUUGAAGUUUGUGGAGCGAACUUCCAUGAACUCUCAUACCAAAUGGCAAGAUUUUACGCUCUUCCAGUGAGAGGAGUUUUCUUAGCCAGCGCCACUGGGUCCUUCGAUUUGGACCCAAAGGAAAAGACUGGUUGGAUAAUUGAUUCAGUUGAUAAUAAACCAACUCCAACACUUGAUGUUUUCAUUGAUGUUAUGAAAACCAUUCCUGAUGAAAGUAGAGUAAUCGUGAAAUUCCACAACCUCACGGACGUCCAAACCCAAAGAAUUACAAGUGUUUAUAUAGACCGUCACUGGUGUAGCGAAUUGCGCGUCUACACUAGAAAUGAUAAGACAGGUAUUUGGGACUAUGAGAAGAUUACUGAUAGACUUCCGCCUGUUCCAAUCAAAACUCAAAAGGCGAAAAUCCUAGACUUGCCCAUAAAUGGAAACGAAAAAUUGGCUAAAAUGUCACACAGUUUAUGCGUAGUGCAUUCAGUGAUCGCGAUUACGAUGGACUCUAUGGAACCUGAACCAUCAAGUGGUUGUGGUUUAGUUAUUGAUGCAGAGAAGGGUUACGUUAUUGUUUCGCGUAGUUUCGUUCCUCACGAUUGCCUAAACACAUUCAUCUCAUUUGCAGAAUCCGUACUUGUGCCAGCAAAGGUAAUUUUUUUGCAUCCUACUCAGAACUAUGCCAUUGUCCAAUACAAUCCUGCUUUGGUAGACGCGCCAAUUCACACACCUAUUUUGGCAGAUGAAAGACUUGAAAGAGGGGAUGAAACUAAUUUUAUCGGUUACAUGUACUCAAAUACUUUGGUAAACUCUAAAACGAAGGUUAAUGGCAUUUCUUCUUUAAGUGUUCCAAACGACGUGAUUCCUAGAUACAGAGCAACAAAUUUGGAAGUUAUUUCUAUUGAUUCCAGUCUCAGUACUAAAUGUAAAUCUGGUAUUCUAGCAGACGAUGACGGUACUGUUAGAGCCAUUUGGUUAUCUUGUAUGGGUAAUAAGGAAAAGCUUUACCUAAUGGGAUUGGAUGUUAUCGACAUCAAAGAAGUUGUUGAUAUUCUAAAAGCCGGUAAAAAGCCUAAGGUAUCGAUUGUGGAUGCUGGUUUCGAUUCUAUCUCAUUGUUGCAAGCUAGAAUUCGUGGUGUUCCAGAUGAAUGGAUUAGAAAGAUGGAAGAAGAAUCCAAAAACAGACUACAGUUUAUUAGCGUGACUAGAAAUUCUUACACUACCGUAGAAGAGAAACUUGAACCUGGUGACAUAAUUCUAUCAGUGAACGGAAAACUUGUAAAGAGAAUGAGAGAUAUAGGUGGUGUUGUUGCCUCAAGUGAAGAUUCUGAUAUUGAAUCUGUACUUUCUUUCAAAAUAGUAAGAGAUGCAAAGAUAAUGGAUUUAAAAAUUAGAACCGUUCAGAUUGAGGAAACAAGUAGGAUAGUGGUAUUUGCUGGUUGUGUUUUGCAAGCUCCACACCACGCGGUUCGUCAAAUGAAGACAUCAAUUCCUAGUCAAGUUUACACUGUUUCACGUGGUACUUCAUCGCUUGCAUUACAAUACGGGAUUGAAGUUACCAACUUCAUUACCCAUGUUAAUGAUCAAGAAACUCCAGACUUGGAUACCUUCUUAAAGGUUGUCAAAGAAAUUCCAGAUAACUCAUACUGUAAAAUGCGUUUAGUGACUUUUGAUGAUGUACCCUUUGCGAUUUCCUUAAAGACGAAUUAUCACUAUUUCCCUACAGUUGAACUAAAAAAGAACCUAACCACUGGUAGUUGGAUUGAGAAUGAUAUUUCCGAAACUUAA